ACAUCAACCCAGCCAGAUACAGAGGCUAUAUGCACCUAGAAUCAUGGUGUUCGAGUCUCUUGUCGCAGACCUUCUUAACAAGUUUAUAGGGGAUUAUGUGGAAAAUCUGGACAAGUCCCAACUCAAACUUGGCAUUUGGGGAGGCAAUGUGGUUCUUGAAAACUUGAAAGUCAAAGAAAAUGCAUUGAGCGAAUUCAACGUUCCUUUCAAAGUAAAGGCAGGGCAAAUUGGUAAGCUGAUUCUGAAGAUCCCGUGGAAGAAUCUGUACAAUGAUGCUGUAGUGGCAACCUUAGAUGGCCUUUAUCUUCUUGUUGUUCCUGGAGCAACUGAGACUGGUAUAGGUAUUAAAUAUGAUGCAGCAAAAGAGGAAAAAUACCUGCAGGAGGCCAAACAGAAGGAAUUGCUGCGCAUUGAAGAAGCCCUGCAGAUGGCUGCAGAGAGAGGCACUCAAACUGGAGACUUCUUAUUCGAUUUGGAAAGCUAUGUGUAUAAGGAUGUCAAGCCAGGACAUAAGCAUAAAAAGCGUAAAAAACACUUUAAGAAAUCUAAACGACGUGAGCACAAGCAAGGUAUGUGUGUGUGCAGUAUCUAUAGUGCAGUAUCUAUAUACAGUGGCUUGCGAAAGUAUAAUCCUAAAGACGAGAAGAAGGAUUCUUUUCAAGAAAAGCUACUGACGCAGGUCAUAAAGAAUCUGCAGGUCAAAAUAACUAACAUUCAUAUCCGAUAUGAAGAUGAUAUCACAGACCCUGAGCAGCCUUUCUCAGUGGGUGUUACACUGAAAGAGCUCAGUUUACAGACAGCCGAUGAAAAUUGGAAGCCAUGCAUACUAAACAAUGCUGCCAAAAUCAUCUACAAGCUUGUCCGUUUAGACUGCCUGUGUGCCUAUUGGAACGUGAAGAGCAGAAUGUUUUACCAUGGUACCCAGGAAGAUAUACUGGGACUGCUGAAAGAAGGAAUUGCUUCAAGCAUCAAGGAGCCCAAAGAUUAUCAAUACAUUUUCAGACCUAUAUUCGCUUCAGCAAAACUGUGCAUCAACCCUCAUGCUGAGAUCGAACUCAAGUCCCCCAAAAUGUACCUUGACAUGGAAGUCCAGAGUAUUGCUAUAGAGAUGACCAGGCCACAGUACCUCAGUAUGAUAGACCUUCUUGAAUCAGUGGAUUAUAUGGUCAGAAAUGCCCAAUACAGAAAAUACAAACCAGAGCUACCACUCCAUAAAAAUGCCAGAAAAUGGUGGGGCUAUGCCAUUACUAGCGUAUUAGAGGUCCACAUCAGGAGGCCCACUCAGAUGUGGCUCUGGAGCUCCAUCAGAAAGCACAGAGAGCACCUUAGGGCUUACAAAACAGCAUACAAAACCAAACUAACACAAAGCAAGUGUGGGGAGGAAACACUGAAGCAACUUCAGGACUUGGAAACGACCCUUGAUGUUUUUAAUAUCACGUUAGCCCGGCAGCAGGCACGUGUGGAGGUGAUCAGGUCUGGGCUGAAGAUGUUAGGGAAGAAGGCUACACAAAAGGAGAAGCAGGGAGGCGGGUGGUUUGGUGGCUUUUUUGGAAAGAAAGAAGGGAAGAAGAAAGCGCAAGAGGAGGAGUCAUCGGCACCUGAGAGUUUUGAUGAGUUUAUGACUGCAGAAGAGAAGGCUAAACUCUACACUGCAAUCGGAUAUAGCGGCAGCUCCCACAAUCUCGCUUUGCCCAAAGAGUAUGUUGCCAGUAUUGUGACCUUUAAGCUGCUAAGCACCUCCAUCACUGUGCGAGAGGAGGCCGGUGUUCCAGAGACACUGAAGGUGCAGAUGAUCUCCUUGAGUACCAGCAUCUCCCAGCGGCCAGGAGCACAGGCACUGAAAGUGGAAGCUAAGCUGGAACACUGGUAUGUAACAGGGCUCCAGCAGAGAGGUGCUGUUCCUUCUCUCAUCGCUUCUGUAGGAGAUGCCACUUCGUCUUUACUCCAUAUCCGGUUUGAAACCAACCCAGAGGGUAGCACUGCAGACCAGCUGCUAGUCGUCCAGUCUCAGCCCGUUGAGAUUAUUUACGAUGCCAGAACAGUGAUUGGCUUGGCAGAGUUUUUCCAAUCGGCCGAAGGGAUUGACCUUGAAAUGCUGACUUCUGCCACGUUGAUGAAGUUGGAAGAAAUCAAAGAAAAGACAGCGACAGGUCUCUCGCAUAUUAUUGAAACGCAUAAAGUUCUUGACCUCCAGAUCAAUUUAAAACCCUCCUACCUCCUUGUGCCGCAAACUGGUUUCUAUGAUGGAAAAUCAAAUCUCUUGAUUCUGGAUUUUGGUAGUUUGCAGUUAAACAGUGUGAAUCAAGGUGGGCAGCAGCCACUUUCCCCGAGCUUCAACUCUUUAGAAGAAAUCAUGGACAGAGCCUAUGAAAAGUUUGACUUGGAACUCCAGAGUGUCCAACUUCUUUAUUGCAAGUCAGGAGAGAGUUGGAAAGAUGCCUGUCACAAGAAGUCGUCAAAACUACACAUUCUUCAGCCCAUGGAUAUUAAGGUGCAGCUGGCUAAGUCAAUGGUGGACAAGGAUGUCAGAAUGGCUAAAUUUAAGGUAUCAGGAGAACUUCCUCUGUUGCAUGUGAGGAUGUCAGACCAAAAAAUCAAAGAGGUCAUGGAGCUGGCUGAAAGCAUCCCAUUACCACAGAGGCCAUCUACCCCGACUGACACAGCUAAGAAGGUACCAUCCAUUUCUUUAGCAGAUGCUAGAACCAAAGUACGUUUUGAAAAAAGCUUGAAUGCCGCCGUGCUACUGGAAGCUGGUGACACAGCUUCCUCAGCAUCUGAAGAGGAGAUCAGUGGGCACUCCCCAGGCAGACAUGAUCAACAACUGGCAUUACCAGGAGGUGAUGCAAAGGUGGAGCUCACUGACCUGCAGCUCAAAUUUGAAAUUAAAGAGGUACUUGUAGAACUCACACAGCAGGAAAGCCAGGAGACUCUGCUGGCUCUGAACGUUGCUCAGCUGGGAACUGAAGUCAAACUCCGACCUUAUGAUUUAACAGUUACCUCCUAUUUAAAGAAAGUCAACUUGGAUUACUGUGAAAUAAGAGAUCGCCAAAAUCAGCCUAUUCAUUUAAUUAGUUCUUCAGAUAAACCUGGCUCAGACCUUUUGAAAGUAGAAUUCAUUAAGGCUGAUAACAAUGGUCCUAACUUCAAAGCAACAUUUGAUAAUACUGAACAAACGCUAAAGGUGGCAUUCUCAUCGCUCAACCUCCUGCUGCACACCCAAGCCCUGCUCUCCACCAUCAGUUUCAUGACAGCUGCAGUCCCUUCAAGCAUUCCGCGGUCCACUGGGAAGGAUCAGCAGAAAAAGUCGCAAGGAGGGGACUCUGAGAAAGGGACUGUUGCAAAGACAGUGUCAAAAGGAUCAAAGGACAAGGAUAUCUUUCAUUUGAAGGUGUUUGUCGUGUUGGAUUCUUUCCAUGUUGCUGUGUGUGACGAAAGACGCAAAAUUGCUAAUAUAAAAGUCCAAGGUUUAGAUACGUCUGUAUUUGUCAAGACAAGAGAGACCCAAGUUUCUGCUAGACUCCGAGAUAUCGUUGUGACAGACAUUGUUUCAAGCAUUAUCCACCAAAAGGCUGUCUCCAUCGCGGGAGAGGAAGUGUUCAGUUUCAACAUGGCGCUGUAUCCGAACGCUACCGAGGGAGAUGCCUACACCGAUACCUCCAACGUGGAUGGGAAGGUGACUCUGAGAGUGGGCUGCAUUCAGAUUGUCUACCUGCACAAGUUCCUGAUGUCUCUAUUAGAUCUUCUUAGCUACAAAUAUUCUUCAUCUCGCAAGAAAUUUGUUGAUAACUUCCAGACAGCAAAGGAGGCCCUGAGUGUGGCCACAGCACAGGCCGCAGAGAAAGCUGCCUCCAGCGUCCGGGAUUUCGCCCAGAAGAGCUUCCGCCUCUCCAUGGAUAUCAAGCUGAAGGCUCCGGUGAUCAUCAUACCCCAGUCCUCAGUCUCCCAGAAUGCAGUGGUGGUGGACCUGGGGUUAAUCACCGUGCAGAACCAGUUCUGUCUGGUCCCUGCAGACGGGGACUCUCUGCCUCCAGUCAUUGAUAAAAUGAAAGUGCAGCUAACAGAGCUGAAACUAUCCAGGGUUGUUUUGCAAGGGAGCUCCUCUCAGCCCGAGAUUGAGAUAUUGCAGCCAGUAAACCUAGACCUGACUGUGAACCGAAAUCUUGCUGCUUCUUGGUACGACAAAAUCCCUGCAGUGAAGAUCAAGGGAGGGUUAGAGACCAUGAAUGUUGUUCUAAGCCUGGAGGAUCUUGGAGUUCUGAUGAAAAUUUUGGUUGAAAACAUUGCAGAAGGCAGUAAAGAACUAAGUGGAAAAAACCUGACCAAUGAAAAAGCUGAAGAUAGAAGUAAGACGUCAGGGAUGAUCAAACUGUUAUCCAGUGCAGCAGGCGAGACAGGAAGCCCGCUGGUGAACGUCAACACAAGUAUCUGUGAAGAAGUUGCUAAAGUGCACCUCGACUUUGAAAUCAAGGAGGUGGUGGUGAAGCUUACCAAGCCAGUGAAAGAGAAAGAGUAUCCAUUCCUGGUACUGCAUGUGUCAAAGCUUGGGACUGAAGCUAGAGUGAGAAACUAUGACAUGGGUGUCACUGCCUAUCUAAAGAAAAUCAGCAUGAAGUACCUGGGAUUUACAGGUGAACCUCUCAAUAUCAUCAGGUCUUCUGAUGAGCCGGGAGCUGAUCUCCUGAAAGUGGAGUAUCACAAGGCUGACAAAAAUGGGCCGGACUUUAAAACUGUUUACAACAACACUGAGCAGAUGAUCACUGUGGCCUUUUCAUCUCUUGACCUGCUGCUGCACACACAGGCCCUUCUCUCCAGCAUUAACUUCCUAACAGCUGCCAUGUCUUCAGGCAGCCUGCCCUCUGCUGAUAAGGAGCGAGAUUCGAACAUACAGGCUGAAGAACAAAGCAAGAGCUCAGCACUAAAGCCUGUGUCUGCUGGUUCACAAACUGAUGGUGAUGUCAUUGACCUUAAGCUCACUGCUAAGCUUGGUGCAUUUAAUGUGUUUGUAUGUGAUGAAAACUGUGACAUUGCUGACAUUAGGAUACGGGGUAUUGACGCCUCAGUUUCAAUGCAGUCGUCUCAAACUCAGGUUUUCGCUCGACUUGGAGAUAUCAUUGUCACAGAUGUUGACUCAAAGACUAUCCACAAAAAGGCUGUCUCCAUCGCGGGAGAUGAAGUGUUCAGUUUCAACAUGGCGCUGUAUCCAAAUGCUACUGAGGGAGAUGCCUACACCAAUACCUCCAACGUUGAUGGGAAGGUGACUCUGAGAGUGGGCUGCAUUCAGAUUGUCUACCUGCACAAGUUCUUGAUGUCUCUGGUGAAUUUUUCAAAUAACUUCCAAACUGCAAAGGAGGCCCUGAGUGUGGCCACAGCACAGGCCGCAGAGAAAGCUGCAUCCAGCGUCCGGGAUUUCUCCCAGAAGAGCUUCCGCCUCUCCAUGGAUAUCAAGCUGAAGGCUCCAGUGAUCAUCAUCCCCCAGUCCUCAGUCUCCCAGAAUGCAGUGGAAGUGGACCUGGGGCUGAUCACCGUGCAGAACCAGUUCUGUCUGGUCCCUGCAGACGAGGGAUCUCUGCCUCCAGUCAUUGAUAAAAUGGAUGUGCAGCUAACAGAGCUGAAGCUGUCCAGAAUUCUCCUACAGGAAGGUUCAGUUCAGCCUAAUAUUGAGUUACUGCAACCAGUCAACUUGCGAGUGUCUGUGAAGAGAAACCUCGCGGCUGCCUGGUGCCAGAAGAUACCAGCAGUGGAAAUCAAUGGAGAUCUAAAACCUAUGAAGGUGGCACUAAGCCAAGAUGACUUAACUGUCCUAUUAAAAAUUGUGAUGGAAAAUAUUGGAGAAGCUGCAAAUCCACAGACAGAAACAAAGACAUCUGCUGAUAGUGUGCAAAAGCAAGGCGGAUCUCUGUAUGGGUCAGAUCUGCCCAAAGGUUCUGCUCCGAUUAAAAAAGAAGACUCUAAUGUGCUUGAUUCUAAGGAACCGUACGAAACGCUGAAAUUUGAUUUUAACUUUGAAUCGCUUUCUUUGGUACUUUACAACAGUGAUCCUACGCUGAAAGCACCACUUUCCCAAAGACAGGAUAGCCUACGUAUUGGAGAAUUCAUUUUGCAUCUAAUGACCGCAUCUGGGAAAAUGUUUGAAGGUGGGGCCUUAGAGGCCUCUACAAAACUCACUGCCUGUACACUGGAUGAUUGUAGGCAGGGGAUCGAGAGGGUCACCUCAAGGAUGGUUGACAGGAAGGAUGAUGGGGGUGACAGCGUCAUGAUCGAUCUGAGUUUUACCCAGCGCCAGGGUGAGAGUUCAGUGGUAGCUGUGCUCCAGAAGCUGUACGUCUGUGCCAGUGUCGAGUUCCUGCUGGCCGUGGCUGAUUUCUUCAUCAAAGCCAUGCCACAGGGUCCAACCCCUGACAAAUCUAACCUGCUGCAGCUGAAACAAGUGAAUGUGCCAAGGGCCGCCUCUGAAAAGGCCCCUGAUUCUUCUCGCCCUAAGAUGAAGAUAAAAGCUGUUGUUAUCGACCCUGAGGUUGUGUUUGUGGCCAACCUGAUGAAGGCUGAUGCUCCAGCGCUUGCUGCCUCUUUCCAGUGCGAUUUCACCCUCGUAUUGGAGGGAGCAUCUCAAAAAAUGACAGCAAGUUUGCGGGAGCUGAAGGUCCUGGCCUGCCCUUUCCUCAGAGACAAAGGAGACAAGGCUGUCACCACAGUGUUGCGGCCUGCUUGUUUAACUCUUGAAGCCAGAAUGCAUCAAACAGAACCGCUGACUGCAGCUGUCACAGUGGAUGCAAUUAUUAUUAAGAUAAAGAACCAUUUCUCCAUUCCAUUUGCCAUUUAUAAGUUUUCAAUGAAGUCCAUAUCACUGGAACCUGUUGGUGAAGCAGAGCCUGAAAAGGAGUUCCACGUGCCUUUGGAUUCGUACAGGUGCCAGCUGUUUCUGAGACCAGUGGGGAUGUUGGAUGGCCAGUUUAAGGAGUCCUCCACAUUCAUAGCAUGGAAGGAGGAGCUUCACCGGAGUUCAGAGGUCAGGGGUGUGCUGCAGUGCCCCUCCAGUGAGAUAAACUACCUGCCUCUCAUAGUGAACACUGUCGCUGUCCCAGAUGAGCUGAGCUUCAUCUCUAGCCAUGGGGAGGAGGACUGGGACCCAGCCUACCUCAUUCAUCUCUGCCCCACUGUGACCAUGCGAAACUUACUGCCAUACACUGUCCGCUACCUGCUCGAGGGAACAGCCGAGACUCAUGAACUGGCAGAAGGGAGCUCAGCUGAUGUCCACAGUGCCAGGAUUAGUGGGGAGAUCAUGGAACUCGUCCUGGUGAAAUAUCAGGGCCGGAACUGGAAUGGCCAUAUUAAGAUCCAUGAGGGACUGCCGGAGUUCUUCCUUGUGCGCUUCACCAGUGACUGUCUGGACAGCCUGAGUGUGGAUCUGAGUAUUCACGUGGGGCGAACUAACGGGCAGAUGGUCUUGUCUGUGUUCAGCCCAUACUGGAUCAUUAACAAGACCAACCGGGUCCUCCAGUACCGCGCCGAGGAGAUCCAAAUAAAGCACCCUUCCGACUUCCGAGACAUCAUCCUCUUCUCUUUCAAAAAGAAAAAUAUCUUUAGUAAGAACAAGGUUCAGCUGUGUGUUUCAACUAGUACCUGGUCCAGUAGCUUUUCUUUGGACACAGUAGGAAGCUAUGGAUGUGUAAAGUGCCCUGCUAACAAUAUGGAGUACCUUGUUGGAGUGAGUAUCCAGAUGAGCAGUUUUAACCUGACCCGGAUUGUGAUAAUGAGCCCAUUCUAUACACUGGUGAACAAGUCCUCCUUUGAACUGGAGGUGGGAGAAGUGCAGACCACAGGAACUGUAACAAAUGGGAAAUGGCACUACAUUGCUGCAGAUGAGUGUCUUCCCUUGUGGCCAGAAACUACAACAGGAAAGCUGUGUGUUCGGGUUGUAGGUUCAGAAACGACAUCCAAAUCUUUUUUCUUUAACAAGCAGGAUAACGGUACCUUGCUUGGCAUGGAUCUGUGUGGAGGAAUUAUAGCAGCUGUAAACAUUGCAGACCAUGCCACAGUGAUCAGUUUCUCAGACUACUAUGAAGGGGCUGCCCCAGCACUCAUUAUAAACCACACGUUGUUGCUGACGCUGAAGUAUCAGCAAAGUGGGAAUGAGGAGCUUGAGAAAGAGGAACUGAAACCUGGAGAGGCUAAAUUGUUUGCUUGGAAUAAUCCGGCUGCCAUUAGGAAACUGAGCUGGAGUUGCUCGCAGCAAACCGGAGAGCUCGAUCUGAUAAAGGAUGAGAGCGGGCAAUUCUGUUAUAAUCAGAACACUCAGAUUCACUGGGUUUCCUUCCUGGAUGGGCGCCAACGAGUCCUGCUCUUCACAGAAGACGUUGCCAUAGUUACCAAAGCGAGGCAAGCAGAGGAGAUGGAGCAGUUUGAGAAAGAGAUCAACGUGUCUUUGCAGAAUCUAGGCCUAUCCCUCAUCAACAAUGAAAACAAACAGGAGAUCUCUUACAUUGGAAUCACUAGCUCUGGGGUUGUUUGGGAGAUGAAGCCCAAGCAGAGAUGGAAACCAUUCAAUCAGAAGAAUAUAAACCUGCUGGAACAGACUUAUCAGAAGCAUUUAUCUACCAAAAAGCAGCCUGGCUGGAUUAAGUUAGAGAACAAUUUUGAGGUUAACUUCACCAAGAUUCCAAUGGAGAUGCGUCACCCAUUAGUCUGCAACAUCAGACGAAACUUCUUGUCAGGAAUUCAGGUUGAGUUCAAACAGUCCCCACAUCAAAGAAGCUUACGAGCUCAGUUGCACUGGCUUCAGGUUGAUAACCAACUGCCGGGUGCUAUAUUUCCUAUAGUGUUCCACCCUGUACCUCCUCCCAAGUCCAUUGCCCUUGAUUCAGAACCAAAGCCUUUUAUUGAUGUUAGCAUCAUCAGCAGAUUUAAUGAGCACAGCCAAGUGAUGCAGUUCAAGUACUUUAUGGCCCUUGUUCAAGAAAUGGCUCUGAAGAUAGACCAGGGAUUUCUAGGAGCCAUUAUUGCCCUGUUUACACCAGUGACAGAUUUACAGGCUGACAAGCAAAAGACAAAGCUCAUUGAGCAGGAUCUUGAAGCCCUAAAAGCAGAGUUAAUGGAAUCAUCAAUAACAGAUACGUCUGGACUCGGCUUCUUUGAGCACUUCCAUAUCUCCCCUAUUAAGCUCCAUUUGAGUGUGUCGCUCGGCUCAGGAGAGGAGUCUGAUAAGCAGGAUAUGGUAGCUAUCCAAUCCAUCAACCUCUUAUUGAAAAGUAUAGGGGCAACUUUAACAGACGUCGAUGACCUGAUCUUCAAACUUGCUUGCUUUGAAGUGAGAUACCAGUUCUACAGAAGGGACCAAUUGAUGUGGACUGUGAGUAGACAUUAUGUUGAACAAUUCCUGAAACAGAUGUAUGUGCUUGUAUUGGGUCUGGAUGUUCUUGGGAAUCCAUUUGGACUGAUCAGAGGACUUUCCGAGGGGGUAGAGGCCUUCUUCUAUGAACCUUUCCAGGGCGCUGUUCAAGGUCCAGAAGAGUUUGCCGAGGGUUUUGUUAUUGGAGUAAGGAGUCUUCUAGGCCACACUGUAGGGGGUGCAGCAGGAGUAGUGUCACGAAUCACGGGCUCUGUUGGAAAAGGACUAGCCGCCAUCACCAUGGAUAAAGAAUACCAGCAGAAACGUAGGGAGGAGAUGAACCGCCAGCCUAAGGAUUUUGGAGACAGCCUGGCCAAAGGAGGGAAGGGCCUGCUUUGGGGGGUGGUUGGUGGAGUGACAGGAAUCGUUACAAAACCUGUAGAAGGUGCUAAGAAGGAAGGAGCAGCUGGGUUCUUUAAAGGACUCGGUAAAGGUCUGGUUGGAGUCGUGGCUCGACCGACGGGAGGCAUUGUAGACAUGGCCAGCAGCACCUUUCAAGGAAUACAGAGGGUUGCCGAGUCAACUGAAGAAGUGUCUAAAAUACGCCCCCCACGUCUCAUUCGGGAAGAUGGAAUUGUCCGACCUUUCAACCAGGGAGAUGCAGAGGGAUACGACUUGUUCCAGAGAUCAGAGAUAAAGAAGUUGGAAGGGGAGCUGUUCCGGGAGCACUGUAAAGUCCCAGGCAGCAGGAAAACAAGCCUUGUUGUGACUAACAGGAGAGUGAUGUGUUUGAAGGAGAUAGACUUUGUGGACCACAUCAACAAAGACUGGGAGUGCUUGUUUGAAAACUUUACCCGUCCCCCCUCACUGCAAGGAAACACUUUGAAUAUAUACACCAAGGAUCAAGGGAUAAAAAUGUUUCAGAACAAAGACAGCCAAGAUUCAGUGAGAGAAGUGCCUCUCCAAGAUCCUGACAUUGCCAGGAAAAUGUGCAGUGCAAUCGAUGAAGCUAAAACUUCCAGGCAACAGCACCAGCUAGUAAAACAGAAAUCCCGUCGGUUUAUUAAACAAAACACAUUGCCCUGAGGUCAUAUUGUCCUGAGGUCACAAGUACUGCCUCCAAGUCUGACGUUUGUCUCAUCUGAUUAUGUGUUUUUUUGUUUUUUGGUUUUUGGUUUUUUUAAAUGUUUUUUUGUUUACAAUCCAGUUUACAAAUGAUAUGAUAUUAUAAAAAAGUAAAA